AUGUGGCUGUUUGGGCGCAGACGCCGCAAAGCCGCUAAACUAAGAGACGGUGGAGCCGCUGCCGUUACAGACACAAAGUCGCCUGUCGCAGGCCUCCAGACCAGCCCGCCGCCGAACAACCAUGCCCCCCGACGAGGCCCUAGUCUCCGCCAGCGCCGCAGAAGGGGCAGUUCGCGCUCCACGGCGCCCUCGAUUGCGCACGCUCAAAAGACACUGCCCGACCCCUCCCCGUUCGCCCCCGACCUCUCGAGUGCUGAAGACAUCACUGCUCUCCCCAACCAGCGCCGCCUGCAACACAGCCCGCACCUGCGUCCCGUAACCCAGGACCACACGGCCAUCCCCUACAACUUCUGCGCCCACCCCAACCCCAACCCCAGUCCCCCCGGCAAACUCCACCGACCCCAGUCCAUGCGCAGGGAUCCCGCAACCGACUCGUCGCUCCUCGCCCUCCGCCGCAAGUCAACCAAGAGGCGCAGAGAACAUGACCACAUCCGCGAAGAGGAAAUCCGUGCCAUGUCUCUCCCCAUGCCCCAGAAACGCCCCGCCGCCAACUCGAGCGCCAUGCUCCGCAGAGACAGCAAGAAGGUCAAGGGCGCAAUGAACCACCGCUUCGAGCGCCCCACGUCCAAUGUCUCGCUGCCACUUGCAGACUCGAUCCAUUCCUCCAUGUCGGGCGGCUCCGAAAUCCGCGCCUUUUGCGUGAGCGCCCUCGACAUGCUGUCGCCCCGCCCGACCAUCCGUGUGUCGGUCGGCUCGCACUACCCUCCCGGCGACCGUCUGUCGCCCAACGCCCACAGCGAAAAGUCGACCCGCCGCGGACGCCGACCCAUCAGCAGCGAAGACGACAAGGCGAGCAAGCGAACAAGCCGAAUCGACGAUCUUGCCGACGACCUCGACGCCGGCGAGCUCCGCGACAUCCUCGAGCGAGACAAGCGGCGGAGGGAGAAGAAGGCCAGAGCCGACCAAGAACGCCUACGCCGCAGGCUGGAACGGCGUGCAGACAAGCAGAACGCCGCCGAGGUCCGGGGCACGCCGGCCGCUCCCCGCAAGCAUGGAACAGGCGCGGUUGGCCUGGGAAUUGAACGAGACGCUCCUGCGCCCAUGGACGACGUCCGGCCAUCGACACCAAGCCACCCGCAGCGAUUGAAGAUAGCCGUCACGCCCCAGGCACAGCAGAACACCCAGCUGCCCACACCCGUCGACAGCCCUGCCGAAGAGCCCGUCGUGUCGGAUGCGCGGGCUAUCCGCUUCUCCCAAGUUCACAACCGCGGAAUUUCCGACGCCUCGAUUGUGCCCGAGCUCCUGUCCGAGAAGAUUGCCCACGACCCGCCCGUCGAGUUUGAGCACAUGCCAGACCCUGGCAGAAGUGGAUCCCUGCACCCCGUUGACACGGUUGACACUGCCGCGACCUCGAAACAAGGUUCUUCUACACGCAGACUCAGUUUCGAGGGCAAGCGCCUGGGCGUGUUUGCCUCGCUCUUCCGAAGAAAGCGCGGCUCACAAGACCAGGUACGGGCCUCGCCUUCAGAAGCCUCGUUUUCCAACACAUCGCGCGAGUCCAUGUCUCGCCAGCCCCUUCCUUCUCAUCUUGUCGCCCCGGCGUCUGCUACACAACCGAUACAGAUUAAGCGGCCCGCAGGCGUACCCCAACGAACACGAUCCAAGUUCAGGGAAGAUCUCCCGGAAUUCCCCCUGUCGCCUCCCGAUUCACGCGUGCAAUCUCCAGAAGGGGCCGCAAACAGUGUCCAUGCUGCUCGCCUAAGCGGUCAGCACCCGUCAGACAUUCGUGCGGGGCUACUGUCUGGAGACCGAUCCGACUCCCCCGUCAGCCCAACGCUGGCCGGCCACGCCAUGUCGCAAUCACUUGCAUCGGUCGACUCUGAAGCAUCGUGGCUCUCUGGAAGACCACUGAAGCGAGCAUCCAACCGAUCUCAAAUGCGGACCAGCCGCACGUCUUCGGCGAUGCUGCGCCACGAAGAGUUCAAUCCCUCGUACGAGGAGCUAGGCAUGACCGACGACGAGUAUUUCAAGAGGCUGACGCACGCACCGGCUCACCACCGCGGUCGGUCCCCCUACGUGAGCGAAGACCAGGGCCGGCGGGCUAGUAGCCUGCUCAUGGCGCUUGAUACGGCAGUCGAGUCUGACGAGGAAGCUGAGCCGAUUGCUUCACCCCAGCUGCCUGAUGAAGGGGGACAGCAGCGUGUCCAGAGCAGCGUUGGCCGACAACCCACCAUCGUCUACCGUCGACCGCGCAUCAAGUCUACCGAAGGCCUCCUCAGCGUCUUCACCGACGACACGGAGAAUCGAUAUUCCCGGGCGGCCGAGUUGGUGGUGGAGUCGCCCAACGAUGAGUCGCCCGUGUCGCCGGUAUCGCCAACAUCAGACUCGGAGCCCAUGCUAGUACAACGUGCAAAGAGCGUCGAUCUCGGCAAGGGCCACGUCCGGCACCUCAGCGCUGGCUCGGCGAGGCUCCUGGACAUCCACAAGCGGUCGAGCAUACCCCUGCUCGACAGCUCCUACAGGAAGACGGCUGAGUAA